AUGCCCAAGUUUUACUGCGAUUACUGCGACACGUACCUCACUCAUGACUCUCCAUCUGUGAGGAAGACCCACUGCAGUGGAAGGAAGCACAAAGAGAAUGUGAGAGACUAUUAUCAAAAAUGGAUGGAAGAGCAAGCCCAGAGCCUGAUUGAUAAAACAACCACAGCAUUUCAACAAGGAAGAAUUCCUCCCAAUCUGUUCUCUGCUCCUCCCCUAGGAGGACCCAUGAUUCCACCUCCCCACCCUAGCAUGAUGGGACCCCCCCCUCCUGGGAUGAUGCCUGUGGGGCCUCCUCCUGGCAUGAGGAUGCCCAUGGGAGGCCACAUGCCUAUGAUGCCUGGCCCUCCGAUGAUGAGACCCCUUCCCCAUCCCAUGAUGGUGCCCACUCGCCCAGUGAUGCCCAGACCAGACAGAUAAAAAGGAGGGAAUAGGAGGAGGCUCAUUUCAGAUUUCAGAUCUUUGUUCUUUUUCACCAGAACAUCAUGGUGCUUGGCUUCAGACAUAUUUGUGUUUUUUGUUUUUCUCUUCUUUUUCCCCUUUCCCUUUAAAAACAUAGACAUUCUUUUAUAUCACUGUUACUUUCCAGUGAUCCCCCCUUCCCCUGUCCUUCAAUAUAUCCCUCCCCUGUGAUAAGCACAGUGAAGAAUAAAUAAAUAUAUAUUGGACAUGU